CACAACAAGACUGGAGCAGCUAAGUGUCCCUGCCAGGAGGGAGCACUUGAAUUUCAAACAAGACAUUGUUUUUGUCAUGGAAUUGACCAAAAUGUCAGACAUGACAAAGCUCCACCAAGCUGUGGCUGCAGGGGACUAUAAGGUAGUAAAAAGAAUUUUGAAGAAAGGUCUCUGUGACCCAAACUACAAAGAUGUGGACUGGAAUGACCGAACCCCACUUCAUUGGGCUGCAAUCAAAGGGCAUAUGAAGGUGAUGCAGCUCCUUAUAGAAUACGGAGCCAGGUCCUGCCUGGUAACUGAUGUGGGCUGGACCCCAGCUCAUUUUGCAGCUGAGUCAGGCCAUCUGAAUGUGCUCAGAGCUCUCCAUGCUUUGCACACCGCCAUCGAUGCCCCUGACUUCUUCGGAGACACACCCAAGAGGAUUGCGCAGAUCUACGGGCAGAAAGCCUGUGUGGCUUUCCUGGAGCAGGCUGAGCCGGAGUGCCGGGACCACCGCCGCACCGCCAGCCAGAGAGGGCUACUGCUGGAUGAGCGGGACGAAGACUGGGACGCCAAGAAAAGGGAGAUGGAGCUGUCCCUUCCUUCAUCGAAUCAAAACACGGAUAAGAAAAAGAAGAAAAGUCGAGGCCUCGCCAGGCUCAGCAAUACCACGGAGAGGAGAGUGUGAAAAGGCUGGCGCAGAAGGGACUGGAACGUAUUUUCUGGGGGGCGACUUUCCCUGGCACCAGCCUGGAACCUGUCAGGCAUGUGUUGUCUUUACGGGGUUUAAACUCAUAGACCAUUAUCCAGACGGCUUCUACUGGUAGCUCUCGAUCUGUCAUUCAUCCUGGAAGUCUUGCCUGGGUGCUCUCCACGAGGGCUGUUGCCUCCUUGCUAAUUAAUACCUGCUGUCCUCAAGAAUUAUCAGGAGGAGACAAAUAUUAGCUGCUUGCAUUUUGUUAUCAGUGAUUUGCACUUUCAGCAUCUCCAGACCCCCGUAUGUAAUUAUAGAAUUUCAAAAGAAAUUUUGAAGGAAAUUUCUAAGGAAAACUGUGUUGUUUAAAUGCAAACAAACAAACCGACAAAACCCUCAAAAAUCAACAAAAUGCUCUGUUUAGUCAAUCUAUGAAAAAAAAUUAGUUGCUAUCACUUAGAGACUAAGCAAAGAGGUGAAGGAAUGUAUCUCUCAGUUUCCAGCUGUUUUUUCCUUUUGUGGGAUACAGGCCCACACAGUCUCAGCACAGCUGUCUUUACUGAUAAUGGCUUCUACACAGGGGGAACAGACAAUAGACUAAGCUCAGUGGGAGAUAACUGAAAACCAUGACCCCUGACAUGAAUUAAUUUCAUCCUGUGUAACUAAUGAAAAACAGCAUAAAAUAAUGGAAUGUGGUUACAACUCUACUUAUUUAACUGUAUGUUUUAGGAAAUUUAAUUCCAAUCAGAUAGUUCCAAUGAAAAUAUUGCAUCCACAUUGAGAUGUGCUGUAAAUGUAAAAUACAUAUCAGAUUUUUGAAGACAGUACAGAAAAUGUAAAAUCGAUCAUUAAUAAUAUUUAGUAUUGAUCACAUGUUGAAAAUGAUAAUAUUAUGGAUAUUGAGUUAAAUUAAAGGUAUUAUUAA